AUGGUUCAAGAUUUGAACUUUGCAAACUCAACAAUUAAAAAGAUACAAAAACAUAAAAAUCCGGUUCCAAAAUCACAACGUAUAAUUAAGGGAGCUUCCAAGUCCCUUCUAUUGUCAAUUCAAGGCAAUUCGAAAAUUCGUUGUCGUUGUACAGAUGAAUCAAGAGUAGAUAUUCGAUUUGAUCUCCGAUCUGCACGAAUUCAAGACUAUUAG